AUGCCACCGGCUACCGCUUUUCUUGCAGUAUUGGCGUUGCUCCAAGCAUCGGAAGCGGCAGUACCCACAUACUUGCAAACAGCCUAUUGGGAGAAUUCCGACUGCUCUGGAACACCAUUCUACAUCAACAUCAUCCCUGAAGCCAACUGUGAACAAACCAGUGUCAUGUACACUUGCUUGCCCUACAUUUUCGACGGUAGUCAGUACUAUCGCGCCACCACCUGCGUGGCCGAUACACACAAGUGGAUCAAAAGCUACAAUAUGUCACGCUUCUUGGCGAUGGAGCAAUUUAGCGCGGGCUGUGAUGAAUACCUCGAAGGAAACGUGCUUCUGGCUAACGACAGCUGCGUCAAGAUCAUGAACUCAACAUCAUAUCGAUCAGGGAUCGCCAAUGUGGGCAAUGACGCCUCGAUGAGUCUGAAAAUAUUUGCUGACAAUGCCUGUACUACCGCUGAAGCGAUGGAGUUUCUAAUUGAAGGUGCCGCGGUGAACAACAACUUGUGCUUUGAUGGUCAGUACAAGUUUUACUCGCAGAGUGCAAGCAAUGUCAACGGCACCACGAAUGCACGUGGAGUAGAAACUCGGAUUUUGUAUAGUAGCUCCGGAAGUAUCGAGGACAGUAACAAUUUGACUUCUGCUACUACCAUCAGUACUGGCAGUAGCUACACAAGUACGAAGUCUGGUGUGGGCAAAAGUACUUCAAUUGUGAUCGUGGUGGUCGCUCUGGUAGUCACUGUGGCCGCAUGCUGUUUAUUCUUCUGGUGCAGACGACGAUCUACACGGAAACGACAAGAAGUGAACAGCUCAACCGCUCCAUCUGACGUUGGGGGCUUCGUGAACGCAGUGUUAGCCAUGGAAAUCCCGAUGGAAACCCGUCCAACAAACGUUUCCAGUGUCGAGUCCAAUCGAGAUGGGGGUGAAGGCGAAGAAGAAUCGGCUCUGUGGCGUAAUGAGGUCAUCUUGGGAGCUCGAGUUCCUCGUGAAAAAGUAGUUGCCAAGCGUCUCAUUUCUCGAGGAGGAUACGGCGAAGUGUACGUUGGCGCAUACAAUCGACGGCGUGUAGCUCUUAAAAUGCUGCUACCAGAGACGCGUAAAAGUAAAGCUCAUCGUAUCAGUUUUCUUGCUGAGAUGAAGCUCAUGGCGACGCUGGAACAUCCGCGAAUUGUUCGUCUUAUUGGGAUCGCCUGGGACUCGCCCAAUGACCUCUGUGGGUUGAUCGAGUUCAUACCUGGUGGAGAUCUGCGAGCUCUGCUGAACAAAUAUGCAGAGGCUCAUCGACCGAUCGGGUUCACAUACGAAAAGGCUAAGAUCGCCUCUCAUGUUGCACACGCUCUCACAUACCUACAUUCAUUAAUUCCUGCUGUGAUUCAUCGCGAUCUCAAGUCCAAGAACAUUUUACUGACUCGCGAACUUGAUGCCAAACUCACGGACUUUGGUGUCUCGCGUGAACAUGUCGAUCGCACUAUGACGGCAGGUGUCGGGACUUCACUGUGGAUAUCACCUGAGGUCAUGAUGGGCGAACGAUACGACGAUAAAGCCGAUAUUUUCUCUCUCGGCGUGGUGCUGUCGGAGCUCAACACGCACGCGAUGCCGUACGCUCACGCCAAGCCACGCGACGGCUCUGGCGAUCGUUUGCCAGAUACAGCUAUCUUGCAACUCGUGGCGGGUGGAAAACUACGCGCAGAUUUUUCACAAGGCGGGCCCGAGGCGUUGAUGCAGCUUGGACUUGCAUGCGUUGCAUUGGACCCCAAAGAUCGUCCAACAGCGCCAGAGGUGCUCUAUCGUCUGCAGAAGGCCAUGAGAGAGAUGACUACCUAGCAGGUUUUUUGUUGCAUUUCGUUGUUGUUCGUUAGUUUUUUUUUUUUUGCGUUGGUAAUCAACCAAGAUUCAUGUUUUCCAUGCGGCAACUAGCAAUCAGGG